UUCUGCUGGAUGACUCACUCUUGUCAACCCAAGGCACACUCAUUCACUCAUUUGCGCACACUCCCAAACACACAAACACGAGCGCGUGAGAACACACUCACGCGCAGGCACGUUUGGUGGGGUGGGCGCGCGCUACACAGCUGAAGAGGGGUUCCUAAUCAAAGCGCAUCAGGGCCGUUCAUUCUCCACUGGAGGGCGAGUGGUACAAGAGCACCGGGACACUCCAGCAGCAGUGAGACAGCGCAGACAGUCGGAGGGAGACGGGAUAGAGCAGCAGCACCUGGAAGACACACAGGCAGAGACGCAGACAGGCAGCCACACAGAGAGAAAAUCCCGAGCAGGACUCCGCAAAGCAUCAUUUCUUUCCGCCGUUGGACUAAACCCGUUCCCGUCUCCAACACCGAAAUCACGCCAAGACAUGAGCUUCUCCCGCUGAAUGUUGAUGCUGAACUGGGAUACAGAAAAGAAGGGUUUGGUUGAGAGAUGGACUCUAGUGGAGAUUUGAUUUGCUACUGUAUAACACACUAGUGGUCCAGUGCUGUCCUCUGGUGUUUCCCCUCCCCUCAGUUUUCUGUCACUCUGUCUGUCACCUGGUUUGUGAGCAGCCAUGACUAAGUCCUACGAGUUCAACUGGCAGAAGCACCUGCCUGAGUUCAUGCAGGAAGGCACCUCCUUUGACAGGUUUGAUGAGGACCCAUACAUCUUUGAGCCCAACUGUCAGAUGAGGGUGGACGAGUAUGGCUUUUUCAUCACCUGGAAGAGUGAGGGAAAGGAAGGCCAGGUUCUCGAGUGCUCUCUCAUCAACAGCAUUCGUGUUGGUGCCGUCCCAAAGGACCUGAAGAUCUUGUCAUCAUUCGAGGCAAUUGGAAAGACGGAGGCAGACUUAGAGGGCUGUAUCAUCUGCAUCUGCAGUGGCACAGACCUGGUCAACCUCAACUUCAUGUUCAUGGUGGCAGAAAACCCGGACACAGCCAGGAAGUGGAUCGAGGGUUUGAGGUCAGUGAUUCACAACUUUAAGGCCAACAACGUCUGUCCAAUGACCUGCCUCAAGAAACAUUGGAUGAGAAUGUGCUUCCUGACCAAUGUGAACGGGAAGAUUCCCGUUAGAGGCAUUACUCGAACAUUUGCAUCAGGGAAGACCGAGAAGGGGAUCUUUCAGGCUCUAAAGGAUCUUGGCCUUCCUAGUGGAAAGAAUGAUGAGAUUGAACCAUCAGAUUUCACCUAUGACAUUUUCUACGCGCUCACACAGAAGAUCUGCCCUCGCACAGACAUCGAGGAACUCUUCAAGAAGAUCAAUGGGAACAAAACUGAUUAUUUAACUGUAGACCAGUUAGUCAGCUUUCUGAAUGAAAACCAGCGUGACCCUAGGUUAAAUGAGAUCCUGUUCCCGUUUUACGACCCCAAGAGAGCCAUGCAGAUCAUCGAGAAGUACGAGAGAGAUGAAGAGCUGAAGAAGAAAGGUUGCAUGUCCAGUGAUGGGUUCUGCCGGUACCUGAUGUCAGAUGAAAACGCUCCAGUUUUCUUGGACCGGCUGGAGCUGUACCAGGAAAUGGACCAGCCGCUAGCCCACUACUUCAUCAGCUCGUCCCACAAUACUUACCUGACAGGGAGACAGUUUGGAGGAAAGUCUUCAGUAGAGAUGUACCGCCAGGUCCUGCUGUCUGGAUGCAGAUGUGUGGAGCUGGACUGCUGGGAUGGGAAAGGAGAGGACCAGGAGCCCAUUAUCACUCAUGGCAAGGCCAUGUGCACAGACAUCCUAUUCAAGGAUGUUAUCCAAGCCAUCAAGGAGACAGCAUUUGUCACUUCAGACUACCCUGUUAUUUUGUCCUUUGAAAACCAUUGCAGUAAACCACAGCAGUACAAGAUGGCCAAGUAUUGUGAGGAGAUCUUCGGUGACUUCCUUCUCAAACAGCCUCUGGAAAACUACCCGAUUGAAUCUGGCCGCCCCUUACCUUCUCCAAAUGACCUCAAACGUAAAAUCCUCAUAAAAAACAAACGCUUGAAACCUGAAGUUGAACAGAAACAGCUAGAAGCCUUUAAGAAACACAUGGAGGCAGGAGAGACCAACACCCCUGCCAUCAUCAUGGGAGAGGAGAAUGAAGAAGACACAGAAUUAAACGGGGAAAAGGAUGCUGAGGACAAGGAUUUGAAUUCAGAGGCCCCCAGCAUCCUAUCAGAAGCAACCAGUGAGAAAGACACCAACAGUGUUUCCCAGAGUAAUGCUGUCAGCUCAAGGAAAGAGGAAGAAGGCAGCAACAGUAUCAAGAAGGUGCCUGAAGAUGAAGUGACGGAGAUAUCGGAAGCCACAGAAGCAACAGAUGCCACCGAUAUCUCAGAAGCAUCUGACCAAGACAACAACAAGAAGGGUGUGGAGGAGCCAGAAGAUUCUGAAGAGGCUCUGAUAGCUCAGUACACCUACGUAGGAGCCACCACUAACAUCCACCCGUAUCUCUCAGCCAUGGUCAACUACGCACAGCCCGUCAAGUUUCAGAGUUUUGAUGUGGCUGAGGAAAGGAACAUCCACCAUAACAUGUCGUCUUUUAACGAGUCUGUUGGUCUGGGCUAUCUGAAGACAAAUGCCAUAGAGUUUGUCAACUACAACAAGCGUCAGAUGAGCCGUAUCUACCCCAAGGGGGGCCGGGUGGACUCCAGUAAUUAUAUGCCUCAGAUCUUCUGGAACGCAGGCUGCCAGAUGGUUUCACUCAACUUCCAGACCCCAGAUCUGGCCAUGCAGUUGAACCAGGGAAAGUUUGAGUACAAUGGCUCCUGCGGGUACCUGCUGAAGCCCGACUUCAUGCGGCGGUCAGACAGGAUGUUUGACCCUUUCUCAGAGACACCGGUGGAUGGCGUCAUUGCUGCAACCUGCAGCGUACAGGUGUUCUCUGGGCAGUUCCUGUCAGACAAGAAAAUCGGCACAUACGUCGAGGUCGACAUGUACGGACUGCCAACGGAUACCAUCCGGAAGGAGUUCCGCACGCGUAUGGUGAUGAACAAUGGCCUGAACCCAGCCUACAACGAGGAGCCCUUUGUCUUCAGAAAGGUGAUCUUACCGGAUCUGGCAGUGCUGCGCAUAGCCGUCUACGACGACAACAACAAGCUGAUUGGCCAGCGCAUCCUGCCUUUGGACGGCCUGCAGGCUGGCUACCGUCACAUCUCGCUGAGGAACGAGGGCAACAAGCCUCUGUCGUUGCCUACCAUCUUCUGCCAAAUCAUCCUCAAAACCUACGUGCCCGACGGCUUCGGAGCAAUUGUGGAUGCCCUAUCGGACCCAAAGAAGUUCUUGACCAUUGCGGAAAAGAGAGCUGACCAGAUGAAGGCGUUGGGGAUUGACACGAACGACAUAGCAGAUGUUCCCAGUGGAAGCUCAAAGAAUGACAAGAAGGGAAAGGGUAAAGGAGACACUAUGAAGGCCAGUGUGACACCACAGGCCAGCUCAGAUAUGGCCCAGACUUCCAACUCCUCCCAAAAUAACACGGCAGAAACCAAGAAGGAUAAUACACUUGUGCCUAAUGUCAGCAUUGAUGACUUAAAACAAAUGAAGACGUACCUGAAGUUGAUUAAAAAGCAACAGAAGGAGCUCAACACUUUAAAGAAAAAACACUCAAAGGAUCAAAAUACGAUGCAGAAAUCCCACUGCACCCAGGUGGACAAGAUGGUGUCUCAGCAUGAUAAGGAGAAGACAACCCUGGAGAAACUACUAGAGAAAGCCAUCAAGAAACGAGGGGAAAACAACUGCCAAGAGCUGAAGAAGGAGACAGAGGAUAAGAUCCAAACACUGAACACCGAUCACAAAGUCAAGGUAAAGGACAUCACGGCUCAGCACACUAAAGAGUGGUCUGAACUGAUCAGUAGUCACAGCAGUGAGGAGCAGGAGAUGAAGGACAGCCAUGUCACACAGCAGUGUGAACACCUCAAGAAACUCCUGACUACAGUGCAGGAGCAACAGACCAUGCAGCUCAAACUGAUCCACGAACGGCAGAGCAAAGAGAUGCGUGCCAACCAGGCCAAGAUGUCCAUGGAAAACAGUAAAGCCAUCAGCCAGGACAAGACUAUAAAAAACAAGGCAGAGAGGGAAAGGAGAGUGCGAGAAUUAAACAGCAGCAACACCAAGAAGUUCCUGGAUGAGAGGAAGAGGCUGGCCAUGAAGCAUCAGAAGGAGAUGGAACAGCUACAGAAAAACCAGAGAGAACAGUUGGACAAACUGGAGAAGUUCAAUGAGCAGCUUUUGAAAUCACACCAUGCAAACAAACAGGUUCAAGGCCAAGGACAUGCAGCAGAUGGUGAAGUUGGAGGAGGAGAUGGACCGCAGACCUGCCACGGUAGUGUGAGCGACUGAGACCGAGGCACAAGCACGCACACGCACGCACCGAGCGCAGGUGCAUAAAAACUCCACCGCGGAUAUCCCUCUACAACCCAGAGAUGUUAACCCUGCCAACAUCCCUGUCUCUGUACACUUCUGUCACAGUCCACCCCCCCGCCUCCCACUCUGCACCCUUACCCCUCACUUUAUACCACUGAGCCAUUGGCGCUUUUCACUGUUUGACGGGGGGUUUAAUCACUUAUUGAAGAUGGAGCAACACAGAGUCAGACCCAUCGACUCGUCCACUGUAUGUAGAUCUACAUUUCCUGUGACCUUCAACGUUCUCUGCGUCCUACGGGCAACACAAGCUGAAGCUAUUGGUGGACACACACACACACACACACACACACACACACACACACACAAAUAUGUUCGCUCAUGGGAAGUAGAUGUCCAUUUCCUUUUUGACUCAUUUGGAUUUUUUCUGGGUUUUUUGUGUGUUUGUUUAAAUUGGUACCCAAUUAACUGCUCCAAACACAGCGUGGAAGAGGGGAGAAGAAUAUAAGAUUUCAUGUCAAUUCAGCACAAACGAAUAAACUUUGUGUAAAACACUGUAUGCUACACACCGGUCUUGUCCUGAGCACUUUGUGUGUGCCAUCAUAACAAUGUGAGAAAAAUGUAGCAGUGCACUACUGUAGGCUCUCUGUAUUACGUAAGAAUGUAUUUAAAUAUAUAUAUAUAUUUACAUAUAUCACUGUAUGAAGGAUUGGCAACACCCCCCACCCAGUUACAUAUUCCUGCAAUGCAAGCUGUUUGACUUUACAAAGAUGUAUUACUGACUUUUUGUUGUUGAUCAAUGUUACAGCCCACUAUAAAAAGGCUUAUCUGGCUGAGUCAGAAGACUGUAAAAGGGAUCACAAUGGACUGAUGUUCACUUUUUUCAUCAUUAUGGCUGAUUACUGUCAAAUUCUGUUGUAAUUAGUCGGAAAUACCCAAUAAAUUGUGUAACUUCUGUGCUUCACUUUUACUUGAGAAUGUGUUAUUUUCAAAUAAAACUGAAGCACUGUCAUUUUUGUUUACAAUUGCUUGAGCUCAAUCAUUACAAGUUGUAAAACUCAACUUUAGGCUCAAAAUCAUGUGUACUAUGCAAAAACGAACAAUUACAUGAUUCCCUCAAAGUUGAAGGUAUACAAAUACACAAUUUCUUUGCCUUUAAAAUCGUGAUACAAUUGUUGCAUCCCUGCAAACUAAGGCAAUGACAUGAGUAGUAACACCUAAUUUAAAAUGAUAUAAUAAGGGGACAUCUACCAGUGAGUAAAAGGUUACAUGGGAUUAAAAUGGGUCUUUGCAUUAAAGGAAAUUUGCACUGGCACAAACUUGUGAAAAUUGUGCCGAUCUGUAAUACAGUGGUAACUAAAUGAAUCCAUUCUUGGCAGCAUGUUAAGUCUGCUGUAAUACAUUGUUUUAAUUGACCAGACCAUCACCAUCAGACAAGAACUUUGGCGGACAGAAGUCAAAACAGUCUCAUCAGUUUCCUACUCAUUAAGGCAUUGUUGAAAUGAAGCGCUCCCUUAAUAGCUUCUUGACUGCACAUUAGUAACCUCGGCUUGUAAUCUGCUGGCCUUUGGUCAGGGGGGAUUAGAGUGAAUAAUUUCUAACACAGUCUGUGACAUGGCUGCCACACACUAUCCACACCAGGGAUUUCAGACAAGGCCGGUAUCCCUCUGUGUCCCAAACAGGUUGGCUUGUCAAUGUUACUGUUUAUGGGAAGCACUAUUGUACGCAGCCCUGGUGUCACUGCUGGACAAAAAGCCACUGCAGAGAAAAAAUGUGAUGUGAAGUACUAUCAUGAAGUAAUCCUGUGGGUACUGUAGUAUUUGUGCACAUAUGACUAUGCCGGACAUUCACACUGCAUGGCAUACCACUAAAAAAGAUCAACCAAAAUGACAAAAAUAAUGGUGAUAUGAAAACUAACAAACAUGGGGCUAAAAGCACCUAAGUAAUUUGGCCUUUAUAAAGAUUUGUUUCUGUUUUAUUCUACUGUAACAUGUAAAAGGGUAGACGGGAUCUUAUUGUAUAUACUGGAAUGUAUGUAGUUUAAUUUACUUUUUGACCAAGUGUGUUCUGUCUCACAAGGGCUCAGGGGAUAGAGUUGGAGUCUGUUGGAUGUUGGGGAAAGACAUUUAUCAACCACUGGGAUUUCUUGUUUGUUCUUUUUGUUUUCCCGUCUGCCCUUACUGCACCACACAACACAGUAUAAAGCUCUCACCACAUAUCUAGUGCAGAGAUAAACAAGUAAAAGUGCUUUUAAAUUUCAUUCCAUCGCUUUCAAAUGUGCCACUCAGUGUCUGUUAGGAUGUUAAAAUUAUUUUACGAAUGAUAAAAUGCCAAAUUAAGGGGUUAUUUAUAUGAAGAUAUAUAUAAAUAAAUGAAUAUAUAUAUAUUAUAUAUAUUAGAUAUAAUGUGUAGUUUAAGAUUAUUCUGUUUGUUAGAGGCUUUUUUUGCACUAGUCGAAUGUUUCUGUUGUGUGAUUACAUGUAACCUUUGGCUUUCUAGUUUGUCAAAAAGCAGAUUAUUUUUGCAGAGCGACAUCACUGAUUUAAUUUCCUCAGUUUCUACUGUAUCUCCUAUGUUUUCUAUUUGAACUGUAGCUUGUCAACAAACCAUUCUGUGCGUGUUUUUGUAUUUAUAUAUUGUAUUGUUGAACUUAAAGCAAUGAAAAUACUGUUGUUAUCCAGCUCCUUUAAUACUGUUUUAUAGUAUGUGUAUCAAUAAAUCCAGGUGUAAAAUGGGA